AUGGAUGAUAAUAAAUGGGGUACGUCUUCAACAAAUAGAGAUAAUAAUCAAACAAUAGCAACACCAGUUGAAGACCCAGGAGAAAUUCUCUCGGCUAAUGAUGAUGAAGAAAUUCGUCAAUUUCAAACGACUUUUUCGGAUAUGAUUGAUCACACUUGUUCGAAUUCUUAUGAAAAUAUUGCGGAAUUUCAAUAUAAUUCACAAGAUAUUUUUCGUUUCUUGUUUCGUUCUAUUAUACCAGCACAAGAAAUUCUUCAACAAGAUUUUGAACCUGAAUCAGAACAAAAUUUAUUUAAUUUUGAAGAAGAAGAAUGUUUGAAAUAUACUUUCAAAGUUCUUGAUCGUCGUACAAAUCGGUUAACAAUUGAACAUAUGCCAGUGUAUCAUAAAUAUGGUAUGCAAUUAUUAUUUAGAGGUCCUCUUCAACGUGAAUUAUUAACUACGAAUGCAAUAAGAAAUUUUUUUGCUCGUGAGACAUUACGUUUAGGUAAAGCAUUUAAUGAACCAAAAUCACGUAAACAUAUACAAGCUUUUAUUAAAAUAUAUCAAAUUAAUUUAAAUGAAUUACUUGAACCAAAUAUUCAAAGAUAUUUUACAUUCAAUGAAUUUUUCUAUCGAAAAUUAAAAGUUGACGCAAGACCAAUUGAUAAUCGAGAUGAUCCAUGUACACUUGUAUCAGCUGCUGAUUGUCGGCUAAUUCUAUUUGAUAGUAUAUCUGAAGCAACACGUAUUUGGAUAAAAGGUCAUCAAUUUUCUCUUGAACAUUUAUUUGAAGAUGAAAUAUUAGCAAAAGAAUUCGAAAAUGGUUCUAUAGCAGUUUUUCGUUUAUCACCGGCUGAUUAUCAUCGAUUUCAUUCACCAAUAUCAGGAAAGAUUGGAGAACAUAUGAAAACAAUAACUGGUACCUAUUAUACAGUUAAUCCAAUAGCUAUCAGAGAACAAUUAGAUGUUCUAACAAGGAACCAACGCACAAUGAUUACAAUUGAAAGUAAUUAUUUUGAAAAAGUAGCGUUUGUGGCUAUCGGAGCAUUAUUUGUUGGCUCGGUUAAUUUUACAGUUAAGCCGCAUCAAUCUAUUGAAAAAGGCGACGAACUCGGUUAUUUUGCUUAUGGCGGCAGUACAAUUGUAAUUGUCUUUAGGGCUGGUAUGAUAAAAUGGGAUGAUGAUUUACAGCAUAAUUCAAAGAAUUCUAUGGAGACACUUGUUCGUAUGGGCGAGCAUAUUGGUCAACGAACAAGUGAAGAAGAACGUCAACAGUAUUUAUUAGAUUCUUCAAAAGACAGCAACAAAAAUGGAACAGUUACACAACUUUUGUGUUUUUUCCCUAAUAUGUCCAAUUUAAAUAAUUUCAAGGUGUGA